GACGUUGCAAGAAUGGGCUGAACACCAGCUUUUGCUUUCUGUGCGGACAGGCACACUCUCGUCUGGUUUGGGCCGUCGCUGAGCGGCAGAGCGGAGGGAGAAGUGUCACCGCAGACUCCCGGCCACCAUGUGCUACGGCAAGUGCGCGCGAUGCAUCGGACAAUCCCUGGUGCCCCUGGCUAUCCUCUGCAUCGUGGCCAACAUCCUGCUUUACUUUCCCAACGGGGAAACCAAGUAUGCCCGGGAGGGCCACCUCAGCAAGUUCGUGUGGUUCUUCUCUGGCGUCGUGGGAGGGGGAUUCCUGAUAUUCCUGCCCGCCUUCGUCUUCAUCGCCCUGGAGCAGGAUGAGUGGGGCCGGGACAACUGCGGCAAGAGAUGCGCGAUGCUUUCUUCCGUGCUGGCCGCUCUCAUUGGAAUCGUAGGGUCUGGCUACUGCGCCAUCGGGGCAGCACUGGGCUUAGCGACCGGACCACUGUGUCUUGACUCCUCCAACCAGUGGAACUAUACCUUUCUCGACACAGGAGGACAGUACCUCCUGGAUAGAUCCACCUGGUCCGAGUGCAUCGAGCCCAAGCAUGCCGUGGAGUGGAACGUCUCCCUGUUCUCCAUCCUCUUGGCUCUCAGUGGACUUGAAUUCGUCUUGUGUCUCGUCCAAGUCAUCAACGGGAUGCUCGGCGGCAUGUGUGGCUACUGCUGCACUCACCACCAGCAAUAUGACUGUUAAAGGAGCCACCCCGAGGCAGGACCGCGCUCUCUCUCUGUGUCAUUGUAAUUUAUAUAUUGUACUUGUAUUAAUUUGUAAAACUUUGUACUAGUGUAUCAUACUUCUCAUAUUCCACUUUUAUAAAUGUGUGUAACGUCUUCGUGGGAUGCCUGCCCUUAGCAAACAAACUCUUGUUUUUGAGAAAUGAGUAAAGAAACCACACUCUGGAGGUGACUUGCAGAGAUGGAGCGAUGGUCCUCAGCGUAUCUGAGACCAUCCCUGGCUCGAAGUAAUGUUUUUGAGAAGCAUUACACCGAUAAUACUACACUCCAAGUACUGCUGGAUAGGUGUGCUUGUGUUUAUGAAAAGUUUCUAGUUGCUUUUUUGAAGACCAUGAAGGAGAAAAUCCAACAACUUGAAAAGGUGAUUUUUUUUCACUGUUUAUAUGGUGUUUCCCACUGAUGAGCCUGCACCUCUCUGACACGAGGCGUCUUGAACCGGUUUCGUUCUGGGAGGGUGAGCGCCUGCCCAGGCAGGACUGUCGGAGCUCCGGGCCGAACGCAUGGAUCAAAACUCAGGGCUGCCGUCCGCGCUGCCGGAGCCCGCGUGGCCCCCCACGUGCAGAGCUUGCUGUCCUCCAGACACGAGCACCGAGGACACGCGCUGAAGGAGAGCACGGCCUGGGUAAUGGACAGGAAGAAGGAUGGGAAACGGAAUAAAGCAGUUGAUCAGCACCAUAAAGAAAUGGGGAAGUGGGGACACGGGGCAGGAGGAUCCCCGGGAAAUACCCCAAACUUGCUUGUUUAAAUACAACAAAAUAAAAUAUUCA